CAACAUGAUAUCACACACACACACACAUUGAUUGAUUAAUUGGUUUGUCUAGAUAGAAAAAAAAAAACGAGUGAUUGAAUGAGAGAGAGUGAGAGAGAGUAAAAGAGAAACAAGUGAACCGCGUGAUUAAAUUGAAACAGUGUGGGGAUUUAUUUCAUUGAGAGAAUGAAAAUAAAAAAAUAAUAAUAUAGGUAUAUAUUGAGCAGUUAAUCCAACAGUUAAGUUAACAAUAACAACAACAACAACAACAACAACAAUUUAUAAUAAUCAAAAUAUUUUUUAUAGUUUUAAAAAGAGCAAAAAAGAUAAAAAAAAUAGACACACUUGUCAUUCAAAUGGAUUAUUAAAUAUCAAAAAAAAAAAAAAAAAAAAUGGAAUCAGCAGUUUUAUAAUUAUCAUCAUUAUCAUCAUCAUCCGGGAUUUUAAUUAUCAUAAGACAAUCCAGUUGCUGUCAUAAUAAAACAACAGCAAAAAAUGAAAUAAAAUGAAGCAUAACUCCAGUGAAUUUUCAAGUUUUAAAUAAUAAUAAUAGUAAUUUAUAAUAUUGUAGGUAUUAUAAUUACAUUGUUUAAAACAAAAUAAUAUAAAUAAAAAAAAAAAGGUGUGUAAAGUUAAGUAGAGUGCGCGCGCGAGGAUGUACGUGACACUAAACGAUGAGAAAACGAGACGUCAACGCCACUUUGUGAUUUGUGUUAUUCUCUUAUAACAACAAAGUUUGACGUUUUGUUAUUUUUUUUUUGUUGUUUUUUUUUUUUUUUAUUUUGUUGAUAUAAGUAAAUAAUAUUGUGUCAAAAAAAAAAAAAAAAAAAACAAUUUGACAAAUAAUAAUUUUCAUCAGUUCAAGUUGAAGAGAUCAUCCAUACUUAAAAGUGCAAUCAAAAUAUUAAAUUAAAAAUAAAUUGAUUAAAUCAAAGUUUUAUUUUUAUUAAUGACAAAAGAUAGAUUAAUCAAUUAAUUAAUUAAUUAGAUAGUUAGAUAGAUAAAUAUUUGAUUGUUGUGGUUAGUUUUGCUGAUACUACAUAUUUGGCUGUUACAUUCUCCGUGUCUCCUCCCCUUGGUCCGGAUCAACAAAAAAAAAAAAUCAUCAUCAAAUGGAAUAUAUUGGCUCUGAUGUUUUAUAUCAUUGAAAAUAUUAAUCGUGUUAAGUUUUCUAUAUACACGUGCGCACCACCACGACGACGACGACGACAAACAACAACGACUACGACGAAGACGACAACUACGACGACUCCUGUCGGGCUUCAACAAUCUGGUUUGUUUAACAAGAUUUUGGGGGUUUGGUAGUCGCCUGAUGGACUGGUGGUCACUCUCGAGCACUCUCGAGUUUAUUUAACAUAAAAAGCCGGCGCGCCAACACAUUGGCUGCAUGAUAAUACCAGUGAUUCAAAGAGCCUGGUAUUUAGAUGCAUCACUGUAAAUAACAGUUGGAUAAUUGGAUUCAACAAUCAUCAUCAGUGAAAAAAAUUAUAUUAUUGUGAAGUUGAGAGUGAAAAUAAUCAUUGGUGUUUAAGUGAAAAUAUCAAAUAAAUAAUAAUAAUAAUAACAACAAGUGGCUUUAUAUUUUAUUUAAAAAUAAAAAAACAGUGUUAUUUAUAAAAAAAAUAAAAUAAAAUAAAAUAAAAUCACCGUGGCAUCAUCAAGAUAAUAAAAAAUAAAACGAGGCAGUGAGAAGGCAAUAGCCGCCUCCUGCCCUCCAUACUAUUUAACAUUGAAAAAUAAAAAAUAAACGAAAAAAAGUAAUUAUUUAUUAAAUAAAAUAAUAUCCUCACGAGGAUUCUGUAAGUCUAAAUCAUGGCGUGCUGUUUAUCGGAAGAGGCCAAGGAACAGAAGAGAAUUAAUCAGGAGAUUGAACGACAACUUCGAAGGGACAAACGAGAUGCCAGGAGGGAACUUAAACUUUUACUUCUUGGUACUGGUGAAUCUGGUAAAUCAACAUUUAUCAAACAGAUGAGAAUUAUCCAUGGUUCUGGAUAUUCAGAUGAGGACAAAAGAGGUUUUAUAAAACUUGUUUAUCAAAAUAUAUUUAUGGCAAUGCAAUCGAUGAUACGGGCGAUGGAAUUACUCAAAAUUCAGUAUGGCGAAUCAUCAAACAUAGAAAAAGCUGAAUUAGUAAGAAGUAUAGAUUUUGAAACUGUGACAACAUUUGAAAGUCCAUAUGUAGAAGCUAUCAAAGAUUUGUGGGCAGAUGCUGGUAUUCAAGAGUGCUAUGAUCGACGACGAGAAUAUCAGCUAACAGAUUCAGCCAAAUAUUAUCUUAUGGAAAUUGAUCGAGUAGCAGCACCAAACUACCUCCCAACAGAACAAGACAUUCUUCGUGUGAGAGUGCCUACAACUGGUAUUAUUGAAUAUCCAUUUGAUUUGGAAGAAAUAAGGUUUAGUUAUCUUAGCGACUUAGAACGUAUAGAAAAAUCAGAUUAUCUUCCAACUGAACAAGACAUUCUUCGUGCUCGAGCCCCUACAACUGGGAUUAUUGAGUAUCCAUUUGAUUUGGACUCCAUCAUAUUUAGGAUGGUAGAUGUUGGUGGCCAAAGAUCAGAAAGAAGAAAAUGGAUUCAUUGUUUUGAAAAUGUCACUUCUAUUAUAUUUUUAGUAGCUUUAAGUGAAUAUGAUCAAAUUUUAUUUGAAUCUGAAAAUGAGAAUCGAAUGGAAGAAAGUAAAGCAUUAUUCAAAACAAUUAUAACAUAUCCAUGGUUUCAACAUUCUUCUGUUAUUCUAUUCUUAAAUAAGAAAGAUUUACUUGAAGAAAAAAUUAUGUACUCUCAUUUGGUUGAUUAUUUUCCUGAAUUUGAUGGACCACAAAGAGAAGCAACUGCUGCUAGAGAAUUUAUAUUGAGGAUGUUUGUUGACUUAAAUCCUGAUAGCGAGAAAAUCAUUUAUUCACAUUUUACAUGCGCCACAGAUACAGAAAAUAUCAGAUUUGUAUUUGCAGCAGUUAAGGACACAAUUCUACAAUCCAAUUUAAAAGAAUACAACUUGGUGUAGGUUACAUAAUUGAAAACCUCAAAUAGUUUUAUUUGUAUUUACAAUUGCCAAUGAUAAUAAUGGCUUAAAAAUGGACUUUAUUAAAUCACCAUCAUCCCUGAAUUUCAACUGAAUAAAGAAAAAGUUAAAAGAAGAAAAAACAAGUGCGAUAGAAUUAAUAAAACGAAAUAAAAAAAAAAAAUAAUAAUAAAUAAAAUAAAUACAAAAUUAUAUAGCACAAAAUAAUAAUAUUAAUAUUAAUAAUAAUUAAUAAAUAAAUAAUUAAUAUUAAUAAGAAACGAAAGAAAGAAAGAAAGAAAAAAAUAAUAAUUUGUUUGAUAAAUGUCUCGUGGUUCUCUUUACAUAAAUUUUCCACGAGUGUACCAAUUUUGUAGUUAGUUUAAAAGUAAAAAUUAAAUUUAUUAUUCCAGUGAAAUAAUUGAAAAAUGAUUUUUUUAAAAAAAAGGACCUAAAUUAAACGUUUGAAUAACGUUUAUUCCUUAAAUAUUUAACUGUCAACAAAAAAAAAAGUCACCAUCAUCUGAUUUUAUUAAUUUUCGUAUACUAUUUGUUGAAUUUGUUACAAAUUUUUUGUAGCUUAGUUUAGUCGACCAAGCCCGGCAAUUGACCGAUGAUUUUUAUAAAAAUAAUAGAAAAUAAUAUGAUGAUGAUGAUGAUGAUGAUGAUGAGGAAUUUAAAAAUUAAAUCAACAAAUUUAUUAUAUAUAAAUAAAUAAGUCAACAGAGGAGGAGUCAAAAAAAAAUAAUAAGAAAAUUAAAAAAAAAAAAAAAGUUUAUCGUCUUGAAUAUUAAGAGAAACAGAAAACAAAUGUGUUAUAUAAAAUUAAUUAAUUAAAAUUGAAUAAAAAGUGAGGUAAAUAUGUAUUUAAAAUUUAAAAAUAAUUCAAAAUGGGCAAAAAAAGUUUUUUAAUCACGAGAAAUAAAUUAAAAUGAAAAAAAAAAAAAAAAAAAAAAAAAGUCAGUGACACGAGUGAAAGAAAAUCUGUGCCAUUUACGUUGUGAUUUAUAAUUUUUUUUUUUUUUUUAAAUUAAUUAUUCCGUUGAUAUGUAAAUGCAAAAAGCCAAAGUGUUUUUUUGUUUUUAAUAUUUUAUUAUUUUUUUUUAAAUACUUUUAAAUAAAUGCAAAUUAAAAUUAUUAUUAUUAUUAUUUUUUUUUUUUGCAUGUAUUUCAAAAAAAGAAAAAAAAAAAAAAUCAGAAAUAAUCGUAUAAAUAUUGUUAUUAUGUAUAAUAUAUUUAAAAGAAAAAUCAUGAAAAAAAUAAAAAAAUAAAAAAAAAAAAAAACAAAAUAAAUAUUAAUGAAAAAAAAUAAAAUAAAUUAAACUCAACAUAGAAAUAGAAAAAUGAAAAAUAAAAAAAGCAGCAUCAAAAUUUAAAAAAAAUUAUAUUUAUGAAAAAUUGAUAAAUAACGAUUAUUGAAAUAUUAAAAUGAAAAAUCUCAUCAUGCGCCCAAGCAAAAAGAAAAAAUGAAAAUUUAGCAAAGACAUCUGGUUGAUGUGACUAGAUAAUUUGAAAAGGGUGAAAAAUGCCAGAUAUUAAAUUGUCAUUUGCCAUUUUUCACCUUUUUUUAUUUUUUAUUUAUUUUAAAAAAGAAAUUGUCGACGUGGUGCAAGGACAUUGAUUAUUAUCGCACAAAUAAUAAUAAUAAAUUUUCAAAAAAUCAUCACACAAAUUCACCCAACGAAAAUCAAAUUUUUAUCAUUGUCUCUCCUUCCUCUCUCUGUCUAUCUAUCUAUCUAUCUAUUUAUCUAUCUUUAUCUAAGUCGUUGCACUCACGUCGCGAUUGCAUUGCAAGUAAUAUGGGCUUUAAAUUAUUUUUUAUUUUAAAAUUAAAAAAAAUAAAAACAAUGUAUUUAAUAUUGGACAAAUGCAAUCUACAUUAUGUAAAGCCCAUGUUUCUUGUGUUAAAUUUUGUAUCCAUCACUAAAGUGUAUGUAUGAAUGAAUGAAUUUACGAAUGCAUGUAUUAUAAAUCAACUGCUCACUGCCUGCGCGCUGCCCAAUCUCAAAAUGACAUUAUUUAAUUUAAUCAUUUUUUUUAAAAUGCGCAUACAGAGAACACAUAAAGUUUAUUUACAAAACAAACAAACUUAAAUUAUUUGUCAGUCAUUUUUUUUGUUUUUUAAUUUAACAUACAUGUUAAUGACAAAUUAAUUCAUUAAUUAUUGUACUGAUAUGUAGUGCAAUAUUCACUGCUACAAAAUAUAACGCACACCGGGCAGCAUUUAUAUAAAAGAAAAAAAAAAAAUUAAAAAGUAUACAAAUAAUACAUUUAAUAA